ACUAGGGGUCAGUGACGUGACUCCCUCCAUUAAAUCCGCUCACAUUCCCUAAACCUCCCUUCUCUUCCGCCUCUCUCUGUGUCUCUUCCACUCUCGCCUCUUAAAAAGCCGAACUGCCUCAACCCUCCCACCACUCCACCCAUCUCGCAAUAUGCCGGAAUCAUCUAACCGCCUCUCCUCUAAACUUCUCCUUUUCUUCCUCUCCACCGCGCUCUUUCCCCUCUACGCCUCCUCACGUGUCCUUCCACGGCGGAAUACCGUCGCCCUCGAUGUCGCUGCUUCCGUUCAGAGAACGGCGGCUGUCAUGGCCUUCGAUUCGCAGCGAACCCACGCCCUUGACCAAACCAUGAAAGAAUCCACGGUCGUCGCCAACUCUUCCAACCUCUCCCUCAAGCUGCAUUCUCGAGAUUUCCUCCCCCUUGCCCUCGCCGGCGGACAUAAGGAUUACCGGAGCCUUACCCUCGCCCGCAUUCGCCGCGAUUCAGCUCGCAUCAAAUCCAUUUCUGCUAGGAUUUCACUCGCCGUUCACGGAAUAAAGAGGUCUGAUCUGAAGCCACUGAUAACAGACGACAUGCUUGAAACUACUGCAAGUGGCGGUGGCGAAGUUUCCGGACCUGUGGUUUCUGGUACGGGUCAGGGCAGCGGCGAGUACUUCUCUCAACUCGGUAUCGGGCAGCCGCCGAGGCCGGCGUACCUCGUGGUCGACACUGGAAGCGACGUAACCUGGAUCCAGUGCCAGCCGUGUUCCGACUGUUACCAGCAAACAGAUCCGGUUUUCGACCCGGCGGCAUCUUCAACCUACGCACCAUUGUCGUGCGACUCCCAGUUAUGCCAAUCCCUAGACGUCUCAGCCUGCCGGAACUCCUCCUGUCUCUAUCAAGUCUCCUACGGUGACGGAUCCUUCACCGUUGGUGAAUUCGCCACCGACUCGCUCACCUUCGGCUCCUCCCCUCCCGUUCCUUCCAUUGCUCUCGGCUGCGGCCACGAUAACGAAGGUCUCUUUGUCGGGGCCUCGGGCCUUCUUGGCCUCGGUGGCGGAGCCCUGUCCUUACCUUCCCAGAUCCGAUCCCCUUCCUUCUCCUAUUGCCUCGUCAACCGCGAUUCAUCGAGCUCCUCCACGCUCGAUUUCGGUGCCAAAUCCGCCGAUCCCACCACAGUAACCGCUCCGCUCCUUCGCAACAGCAAGGUCGAUACUUUCUACUAUGUUGGUCUCACCGGCCUCAGCGUCGGCGGUGAAGCUCUUUCGAUUCCAUCCUCUGCAUUCGCAAUGGAUGAAGCUGGAACCGGCGGCGUGAUCGUGGACUCCGGUACGGCAGUGACGAGGCUUCAGCGCGAUGCGUACACGGCUCUCCGGGAAGCCUUCACGAAGGGGAUGACCGAUCUGCCGGCUGCCGAAGGGGUGGCGUUGUUCGACACUUGCUACGAUCUGUCGUCGAGGACGUCAGUUGAGGUGCCAACGGUGGCACUGCGUUUCGAAGGCGGGAAAGAACUAAAGCUUCCGGCAACUAACUACUUGAUUCCGGUGGACUCGGUGGGCACUUUCUGCUUCGCCUUCGCGCCGACGAGCUCGCCGCUCUCCAUUAUCGGCAACGUGCAGCAGCAGGGAACACGCGUCGCUUUCGAUCUCGACAACUCCGUUGUGGGCUUCACUCCGAAUAAAUGUUGAGUAGACGGUAUUGCCCUUGUGUGUUUAUUAUUAUUACGGUUUACCUCCGUUGAAAUUAAUUAGUGGUAUUUAUUGUCCCAUAAAUGGAAAGAAGGUGGGGAAGUGGGGACGUCUGAUAGGGGUUGGUUGUUGGGGUAAUUAAUGAAGUGCCUUAAUGGCAUUUAAGAAGAUUAGUAUUGUUUAGCUCAUUUUAAGCUCAAAGUUUCUUAAUUAAUAGUAAAAAAUACUUAACCAA